AUGAGCUCCAAAGUCUAUUCGGUCGCCCGUGUGUAUGCGGACGUCAACAAGCAAAAGCCUCAGGAGUACUGGGACUAUGAAGCACAUACAAUUGAAUGGGGCAACAUCAGAAACUAUGAGAUCAUCUCCAAGAUCGGCCGGGGCAAGUACUCGGAAGUGUUCGAAGGUAUGAAUAUGCUCAACGACCAGCCAUGCGUGAUCAAAGUGUUGAAGCCGGUUAAGAUGAAGAAAAUCUACCGUGAGGUGAAGAUCCUUAAGAACUUGACUGGUGGCCCCAAUGUGGUGGGUCUUUUGGAUAUCGUUCGAGAUCAGCACCUGAAGAUUCCCGCUCUUAUCUUUGAGCACAUCAACAAUGUGGAUUUCCGUAUUUUGUACCUGAAGUUCACCAUCCCAGACAUCCAGUACUACUUCACUCAGCUACUUAUUGCUUUAGACUACUCCCACUCGAUGGGAAUCAUCCACAGAGACGUCAAGCCCCAGAAUAUCAUGAUCGAUCCUCAACAGAAGAAGUUGCGCCUUAUUGAUUGGGGUUUGGCUGAGUUCUAUCAUGCUGGAAUGGACUACAACGUGAGAGUGGCUUCUAGGUAUCAUAAGGGCCCUGAGCUCUUGAUCAACUUGCAACAGUACGACUACUCGCUCGACUUAUGGUCUGUUGGAUGUAUGUUGGCUGCCAUAAUAUUCAAGAAGGAACCAUUUUUCCGUGGCGAUUCUAACACCGAUCAGCUAGUGCAGAUUGCACGUGUUUUGGGCACUAAGGAUUUGAUGGCUUAUGUGGAUAAGUAUGGCAUUCGUUUGAGCGACGAGUACGACCUGGUUUUGGGUAACUAUCCACGCAAGCCAUGGUCGUCAUUUGUAUCCAAGGAUAACCAGCAUUUGUUGCUGAACGAGGUGGUGGAUUUGAUCGAUAAGUUGUUGACUUACGACCACCAGUUGCGGCCCACUGCCAAGGAGGCUAUGGCACACCCAUUCUUCUCACUAUAG